AUGAACACCCCCAUCUCCCCCAGCUCAUCCUCCUCCUGCCAGCCAUCCUCAGCCAACACCCAGGCCACCUCGCUCCACCACCAGCAGCAGCAGCAGCAGCAACUACUCCACCCACAGCCACAACACUACUCGCCCUCAUUCGACCAGACCAACCCCAUCGGAAUCACCCCGCAGCUCACCCAGACCGCACCCGAACUCACCACCCUGCCCACCAUCCUCAUCACCUACAAACACCCCAGCUCAGCCAACCCGCGCUCGGUCAAGGCGCGCAUCGACAGAAACGUGCCCCUCGAUGAAGUCAUCCGCCAGCUCUGCCGAUCAACCCAGCUCGCACUCGACGAGCCCGCGGAGAUGUUCUGUCUGCGGGAUGCCUCGAACAACGAGCUGAUCACCCCUGACAACGUCUUCAGCAAGAUCGAAAACGGGCUGGGCUCACUCAAACUGGUCAAGUCGCCGACCAUCGAAGCACGCGACAUUGCCGAAAAACUCGCGUCCGUCAACCUCACCGAAUCCAACCAAGCCCAGCAGAAUCAGGACCAUCUCAAAGCAAUCAAACUGCCGCUGUUCAGCCUAAAGGACUAUCUAAGAGAACCUGAAUUCUCUAGCGAAUUCCAAGAAAGAGGCGGCUCGCGUGAACUGCUCCGACUAUGCAAAACGUCAACCGGCAAUACCUUGGCCUACGCACUCUCAGCACUCAAAGUGAUGAUCGAUCAAUCGACAGCCGAACAGCGCAGACGAUGGGAACCGAUCCUGGCCGACCGGCUCGUCACCCUGGUCAUCAGCAACGCCCCCAUCAAUGUCCUCAGACCCACCACCGCCAUCCUCCAGAAAUUCAUCGCUCACGACUCGUCUGCCUCCCCCCGACUAGCCUUCGGGGCCAUCUGCGGCGUGCUCGAGGCGGCCGGGGAUAAGGAAGAUCUGUUCUGUUUGCUGGCCCGCCGGAUAGGCUCCGGAUCCACCUCCGACUUCAGCCUCUCCCAGGUGAGCUUCGCACUCGUCAACGCACUCAUGCGAGCAGCCCUCUGGGAGGACGCCCGGCAGGACUAUGUGGGCUGGUUUAUGGAGCGCAUGGAGCGUGCAGGCAUUCGCAGAGCGGUGCUGAGGCUCGGCGAGGGGCGGGCAGACGAGGCGUUCGACGAGGUCGAGGCGGACAUCCUCACCUUCCAGCGAAACCUGGUGCUCAUGAACCGUCGGCUGAUCCGGACGACCGUCAACUCGGAGUGUGCAGAACAUGUCGAGCAGCUCAUGGAGAUGGCCAGCCGGGCCCGCGAGCUCGAUGCCCGCCAUAACGCGAGCAGGGAGGAGGGCGACGAGGAGCGCACGGGUGAGGACGAGCUGGAAGCACGGAAGUGGAAGACGCUCGGCUUCGACUCGGCUAACCUGCUCGACGACUUUGAGAAGGUCGGCGUCUUGGGCCUCAAGUUGAUGUUCAGAUUCAUGACCACCCGCGCAGCCGAAUUCGACAAGUUUAUUGCCGAACAAUUACUCAAGCCUGACGGGCGAAGAUGUCCGUUUGCAAAAGCAUCGAAUAAAUGCACCGAAAUCCUUAUCGACCUUUACGAGUGGAAUGUAGCCGAUGCCCAAGCCGAUCAACUGAUCACCGUCUUCAAGCCGUUCAUGCUCAACUACCCCAAACUGCACCAUUUGGCCCUAGAUUUCUUCAAGCUGAUGUGGAAUGAAUCCGGCGCAACCACGAAUGAUUUCGAACGGGUCGGAGUCCUCGUCCGAAGCCAUCUACGAAACGCGCUGAGGAAUCUGGAAGACUCCAAAGGAUCCGUCAAGAUCAGUUGGAUGAAUCUGGUCAGAGAAUUCGAGAAUGGCGAGUACAUGAAGGUCCGUGAUCGGCAGAUGCAGGAGUUGGCCAUGGAGGAUAGCAUGUGGAAUAAAACCCCCGUUAGGAAUUUAAGGGGAAAACUAUACCAAAACGCGUUCGAAUUCGUCAAGACACAACGGAUCAACACCUUACUAGCAGGCUGUUGGUUUCCGCACUAUCCGGAGCGCAUCGCGACGACUAAUUCGAACCAUGGGAGCAGCAAAUUAGGCUUUUCGGUGCCCAGCUUGCGCGCUCAUUCUCAAUUCAGUAACUCGAAAAACAGUAAUGUGUUACUUGAUCCGAGCCACAACAAUAUCGUCCCGCGAUGGAGGUUCUAUCGGUUGGCGCCGAACAAGAAGCAUCUGCAUUACCUCGAGACUCAGCAGCCUGUGCCCGUGUCAAGCGGCGUGGAAGAGCUGCCAGACCGAAUUGAUGUGUCGCUGAUUACGUCGAUCCUGAGCGGCUCGGGGACGAGCAACAGUUCUUCGAAGCAGCAGCAGCAGCAACAACAAGCGCGCGAAAGCAGCCAAGAGAACCAUCCCUACCUCGACCGUCGACCAUCGUCGCCGCGCCGGGUGAGCAGCACGUCGUCGUCGAGCGCCAGCGACAGCUUCGUCAUGCUCGCUACCAACGAGGCCCAUCCGAAGAAGGCCGGGCAGGCCACCACCGGCCAGCUCCAUCACGCCAGCAUCUCGCUCAUGAACGGCGACCAUCUCCUGCUCCGUCUGUUCCCUUCCAACACACACAUCUACAGCGAAUGGUUCGAUGGACUCAACCUGGUCAAGUCGAUCACCUCUCACAUCCCCUUCCGUCCCCCCGCGGUCUCCAUCGACCACCCCCACGACCCCGCCUCAUCCUCCUCCUCCCCGCUCAUCAGCACAUCCCUCGCCCCUCCCCUCAAACCGCCCCACUCAAGCUCUCAACAGUACUCCCUCAACUCCGUCCCCAUGCCCAACGUCGAGGGCACUAUGACCACCCAGGAAACCGCCGAGAUCGUGUACAGCUUGACCCAGAUCGGGACGAUGAUCAAGUUGCUCGACCUCACCGGCGAACGCGUCGACGUCCCCAAUCAGUUGAAUGUGCCCCCGGUGCCCCUCAGUAGUAACUUCUUUUACGCGAGCGAGGGCCAGAUGUUUUGA